GAAGUACUUGUUUUGCACAUCCGGGGUAUGAUCGGUGUUUACGUUACGUGAGUCCUCAGCAGCAUGCUAACCGGACAGUUUGUGGACCGGUAACGACUCUGAGGCGUUGCCGUUAACAUCAGUCAGACACCCAGCCGGUUACCGGAGAAGCUUGUCUUCCACACAGUUUGGAUUUAAGGAGAAAAACAGAGAAGAUGUCUCCGCCUGCCGAUGCUAAUGCUAAUGCUAAUGCUAACGUGGAUCAGAAGGUUCUGCAGUAUGAAACUUUCAUCAACGAAGUUCUGAGGAGAGAUUUACAGAGGGUGUUGGAGCAGAGAGACACUGUGUAUGAGAAGAUCUCUCAGUAUCUGCAGCUGAAGAACACCAUACAGAGUCUGCAGGAGUCUGGCUCUCAGCAGCUGAAGACAGACGUGGAUCUCGGCUGUAACUUCUUCGUCCAGGCUGAAGUGGAGGACUCAUCCAGGAUCUAUGUGGCGGUCGGUUACGGUUUCUUCGUGGAGAUGACCCACGACGAAGCUCUGCGAUUCAUCGACAAGAAGACGAGUCAGCUCACAGCCUUCACAGAGCAGCUCACCAAAGACUCUGCAAAGAUUAAAGCCAACAUCCGCAUGGUGCUCGAGGGUCUGAGGGAGCUGCAGGGACUGACCGAUCUGCCAGAGAGCAGAAGAGAGGUCUUUUAGACGCGUCCACGUGUUGGACGAGCUGAGGACGUUCAGACCUGCUGACUUCACGUUCAACAGACUGAAGCUUUGUUCAGAUGGGACGAACAGACCUUGACUUUAAUACAAACUUAUCACUCAGUAUACUGUAACCAUGGUGAUGGGAUAGGAUAUUAUGGUCUGUAACAGAGAAGGACAUUCAGCAGGACAGAUGUCUCCACAGGAGGGCGCCAGAGAGGCGAGCAGGAGGUGAAUUAGAGUCUCUCCUUCAUCGCUCAGUGACCGUGAACACACAGACGUGAAACACAUGUUGAUCUCGUUCAGUGUGACGUCUCAACGUCUCUGAUGUUCGUCCAGACGAAAUAAACCCGCUCAGAAAUCA